UUGUCUGUUCUGUCACUGGAGAUGGUGAGAUCCCCUCUGCGCGCGUGUAUUUGUGAGACUGUGCAUGUGUCCACCGAACUGAUGGGAAUUGUGAGCAGCUAUAAAAUAAAACAUGAUAUAUUGGUGCAGAUCAAUAAAUCGACGCUGCUCGUAACAGUUCGGGUUUUCUUUGAACUUCUUGAAUCGGCCGUCGCUUUUCAUCAAAUAGAUCAUGUGAGUUCCAGAGUAUUUACGGGCUAUUUUGUAUCGCCAAAAGAACAGCUGUCCUCGGCAGUGCCCAUUGUAAAAUGUUGUGUUUUAAAAAAAACUGAGCGUCAUGCAAUUAAAAAAAGGAGAAGCAAAGUAAAAUAAAACGUACAAAUAAUCGAGAAUGAAACGCGCGUACCUGGAGAAUUGCUAUCUUAACGGUAACGCGCAUGCAUGAUAGUGGUGAGGUUGGUAAUAUAGCACAUAUAGUAAGGUUUUUGUGAAGCAUGACGGGAUACGGUUUCACCGGGUCACACACAUGUCAACAUCUACUUAGCAAACUGAUCAAUAAAGCGAUGCUUAUGGGCUGCUGGACCACAGAUGUCACCAGGAUUAGCUGUCAACCAUAUGUUUAUUUUUACAUUAUAUAUACAUAUAUAUAUAUAUCACGUUUCCUAGACCUAUAUGUUACUGUUAUGUUAUCUUAAUACUGAUGUUUGGUAUCAUUUUGAUUGAGAAAUGAAACCAUUUCCAGAUGAAUACCAUAAAAGGAAGAUGAAUGCAGACACUAAGGUAACAAGAAAAUGUAUGAAGCAGCCUGCCGUGUGUGUACAUUUGUUAUUAGCAUCACAUUCACUUCCGUCCUGUUGCAUAGAGGCCAGCGGGCCAGCCCUGAAGUGGGGGGAAAUACUGCUGCUGUUGGUGAUGGUGCUCAGGCUGGUUGGCUAAGAUGCUGAGGAUGCAGCGUGGGAGCUAAGAAGAGGAAGGAGGAGGAGGAGGAGGAGGUGGAGGCUUGUGGAGCCACAGCCUGAUACACACACACUCUACACUCAUCCAGAGCUAGUCCUGCUGCACACUGCCCUCCGUUAGGGCUGGUCUACUGGGCUGGUGCAAAGAAGGAUGUAGGUGCAGUGCUGCAGAGGAGAGAGUAUUCCUAGGUGCGGAGGUUUGUGCAGUGUGGUAGCAAAGAGCUCAGCAGUGGCUCACAGGUUAUUUUGCUGAAGUUGAGUGCUGCAGUGAGUGGCAGGCAGGCAGGCAGGCAGGCGGAUGAGCAGUACUGAGUCCUGCUGGCAUGUUGCUUCUUCCUUGCUGGUGGGACUCUCUAGCUGGCCUGGACCAUGAGCAAUGAGUCUACCGUCUGGAACCCCCUACCAGAAAACUCCACAGGGAUCCCAGUCAAGGCCAAAGAUCAACAAGAUGACCAUGUACUCAUUUUAGUGGUUCUCUCCAUCUUCCUGGUGGGAACGGUGAUCUUCAUCUCUGUCCUUCUCAUCAUCUGCCGUCGCUGUUGUCGAGGGGGACAAUGCUGUGACAGGGCCAGCGAUGACCCAGAAAAAACCACUACCACUUAUACAGAGGAACCUCAGCCCACCCAUGCAAUCACCAUCAGGGUGGAUGAGUCAGACUGCCUGUCAAUGGCGAGCUCUCACAAUCAAGAGACAGAGCGCUUCCUCUCCACCGGCACUACUGGCCGCCGUGUCUCCUUCAAUGAGGCAGCACUCUUUGAUCACGGCAAGAAAGCCCAGGAAAAAGGCCGCAGAUACACUCUGACCGAGGGCGACUUCCACCAUCUGAAGAAUGCUCGCCUCACACACCUGAGCAUCCCUCCUCCAGCUCUUAAAAUUGUCACUAUUCAUGAGUGUGACUCAGCAGAAAACACCAUUACCAUGACAACACAUCCUGUUGCUAAGUCAGCCCUUUCCAUUUUUCAGCCAACACUGUGCCCCCUUCCACAAACACCACUGACCGGUCUGAGUGUCAACCCCAGCUGUGCUCUCCCCGGAGACACCCUCAACUCCUUGGUAGACACCAGCUUUAGUGAGAACACCAUCACACUCAGCACUCAGGAGACCAGCUCCACCUCUAUUGAGAUGGUGAGCACUGGCCCCCGGGGCAGAGGUAGCAGUGUCAGUGUCGGAGAAGGGGCCACGGUGUGCAGCGGCGCCCCCUUGGCCCACAGUGAUGGAGGAAGUCAUGGGCCGAUGCAGCAAUUCUUCACUAAACUGCGACGGCACGCUAGUUUGGAGGGUGCUAGUCCAUACCUUAAGAUAAAAAAAUGGAAGCUGGACAGCAGCCAGAGAGCCUCAAGUCUGGACACCCGAGGUUCUCCAAAGAGGAGACAUUUCCAGCGCCAGAGAGCAGCCAGUGAAAGCAUGGACCAGGACGACAACAACUCCCACCACAUAGACCUCAUCCAGUACAUUGCACGUACCCAGGACGUCACCUUCACUCCCAACCAACCCAUGACCCGCCUCCUGUCACCUCCCUCUACACCUCCCCCCUCCCUCGGCAGGUUAGAGGUAGAGGUGAUGGUGGAGCCACACUGCAGCCGCGGAGGACCAGGGGUGAUUGGCCUAUCCCCUGAUCCUCAAGAUGAAGCACUGAGCCUGGAAAGAAAGGACGGUGCAGAGCCCUUAGACCCACAAGAGCCGCAGUACUCCCAGUCACUUUACAGAGACAUCUGGAACCUUCGUGCAUCACUGGAACAGUACGCCACCUCUGACCACAGCAGCAACAACGACAGGAACUCCGUCUGCAGUGACGCUGACAGCGUGUGCUCACUGGGGGGACGCACAGAGACAGAGAGAGGAGGUCUUCCCAGCUGCCUGUCCCAGGACUUAGGUGAUGAAGCAGAGGUGGGAGAUGAUGACAGGGGAUUUCUGAUGUUUGUCGAUGAGGCAUCAGGUGUGAAAGAGGCCAGAAAAAGAAAACAGGGAAGCACCGAAUCAGAUCGAGGCACCAGUGAUGGAGAAACCGGGACCCGAAAACUGCUGCAGAUGGACAGCGGCUACGCAUCCAUAGAAGUUCCCUGCCGAGGUCCAGAAGACCUGAGAGUGUUUGGAGGCAGCAGUUUUACCAGCAGCAUCAGCCCGAAGGACAGGACAGCUCAUGAGAAGAGGCACCACUUUACCAAAGCAGGGCGCAGUGGCACUAUUGGGGACAGUUUUGAGUCUCAUCUCUUCGAGGAGGAGCCAGAAGAUGAGAUGUUGUUAGGAGCCAGUGGUGGAGUUUCCAUAGAAACAGGGGCCGGUUCCCUGAGCUGGUUGCCAUACGGGCAGAUGCUGAGUCCUCGCGAGGCUGCUCAACUUCCACCUGAAGCACCAACUUUGCAGCAACGAGACUAUAGCAUAGAUGAGAAAACAGAUGCACUUUUCAACGAGUUUCUCCGUCAUGACCCCCAGUUUGAUCAACUGGAGUCACCGUUAAAGAAACACAGGUCACGCGUCCACCUUCGAAAGCAGUGGCAGCGCCACAAGCAGUGGAGUGACCCUGGCGUAAGACACUUGCAUUCGUCCUUCGAGAGGCAGAGGACUCCCCUACGAAGGGGUGAAAGCGUAAAUUACCCACUCGACACGAGCUACCACAGCACUUUACCGCGCAUCGUCAGCGCUCCCGACGAGGAGACUGGCGAUGGGACUGGCAGCACUCCAGAAACUUCAGAGGUACGGCCUCCUGCAGUACAGGAUGGGAGCGGAGAGAAGGAGCACGGCACCGCUGUCAGAGACACUGAGGACCGUCCUCCAUCUUCCCCUCGAUCUUCACAUCUCUCCACACUAGACAAAGACGAAGGGUUGGCUCCGCACUUUGACCCUCAGGAGGACAGCAAACAGUCAGGAAUCACAGCCGAACCUGCGGAUGAGCGAUCACCAUCUCAGCUCUCUGACACUCCAGGCUACGGCCCGCAGACCAUCACAGCAGAGCUCACGGACAAACUGAUUUCGAACCUUGACGAAAGGCUGUACGCAGGCCUCCGUAGGACCAGAGACACAGCUACUGAGUGUGUGACGGCGACGGCCACACAUGCCUCUCCAGACCACAGCCCAGUGUAGCUUGGCUCAAGCCAUUCUCUUGUCAUCUUCACUGCAACACUACUCACAUAUUAUCAGUAAAGUGUGCGUCGCUCCACGGUUUUAAAUGUCUGUCCGUGUGUAGUUCGAUUAGUGCAAUUCAGACCCAAACGGAAACCACUGAAAUUACCGUUGUUAUAGUUUACGAUGAAAUCAUUUAGUGGAUGGACAAUCGUAGGUGAUCCACUAGGAAUGUACCAUGUCUUAGUUAGCGUUGAAUUGCUGCCAUUUCACAGUUGAAGAUACACAGUGUAUAGAUAGAAGUUCCAUACGGCUAACAUGUUUGAAUACUAACUGUCUUCUGUGUCUGCAGAUUAUUCAUUCUUUAUAUUCUUUAUAUCGGCUUUUAUUCCUGCCAGUGCUCUCCAGCUUAGUGUAUGUUAGCCAUCCGUGUACACACUGAUUCACUGUGAAACUAGGUGCUAUCAACAGGAAGGAAGACCUGCUGUAGAGGAGAUACUAGGACUAGUGAUUCCACCACCACAGAGAAAGAUCCCAAGUUGAUGAUAAAAACUUUGAUUCUGCCCUCACCAUGUCACAAUGACAACAAACUCUAACCAAUCAGAGUCAGUUACCUUCAUCUUCUUUUGCAGAUUCAAGUUUUGUUUUGUCUUGACUGUGUCCAUCUUCAGGGGUCUUAGACUCAGAUGAACUAUAACGAUAUCUCACUGGAAGGCCAAGUACGUGUUCAGUUGUUAAUACCAAACUACAAAAAAACUACUUAUCAUGUAGUACUUUGUAGUACUUCAAUCUAAACAGCUAAAACGCAUAUCACUGUUUCCUGAAUGACCAACUAAAAUAAAUAUUACAUAUCAAUAUUACUACAUAUUGUCUCAAGGGCAAAAUUUAAUUAUUAUUAACAUCUAAUCAUGGACCAAAUAUGGGGGAAUUGCAGGCCUGAAGUGGUCCCCGAGCCAGGAGUUUGCCACCCCUGAUCUACAUAAUUAGUUUUGAGAGUGGUUUUGAGCUGUUUGAAAAUAGUCUUUUUUUCUUUUUUUUUAUUCUUAUUUCUGUAUUGCCUAAGAGAAUGAAAAGUGAUAUUGUGACAGUUUAAAAGAGAACUUUUGUUUUUCAUCAUGUACACGUCUGCCUUUUAUACUAGGAGUAAAUCAAGACACUGUUCAAGCUACCAGACAUGUUGGACGACCUCAAAAACCUUUGCUGUUGUAACUUUUUUUGUGGAAAACAUGCUUUCUUGUGUUGAAGGAGUCUAUUUUUUUUAUAUUUUUUCGCGGCACCUGAAAUUCUUUUAGCAUUCAUGACUUGCUCUAUUUUUCUGCGGGGUUGCUGGGCUUUUCCACAUCCCCCUGGUGCGGUGCAGCGAGGCACUGCAGAAGAUGGUCUGGAAUAUUAAUCAUAAGAAGAGAAUCCCCCCUUUUUCAUCCUUCCUCCCCUCUCUGUUCUUGGCUGCUGGUAGCAUACAGUAAAUUGUAAUGAGUGAAGAUAAAGUGGAGAAGAAAGGAGACGGUGAGAUAAUGAUGAUGCUCCAUUCCAGCCUCGCCAGAUUAGAUGUUUUUCUGCUGGGCAACAGGAGUCUCCUCUUGUUGCUGAGUGGACUCAAGGGCAGAAGCCGUAUUUCUCAUUAGUGGAAUAAUGGCUUUGAUGAGAGGAGGUGAACUCAAACACAGAUGAUGUAGGGCACUUUUUUUCUGUUUUCUUUUUUGUAUCUUGCAGGCCUUUUCUGGCCGUACAAAAUAAUUUGAGCGAUCACAUUCUGUUCCAAAGGGCACUAAUAUGCAGGAAGGAAAUUGAUAUUUAGUUCAACCCAUUCAUGCUAUCACGCCACUGAUGUUUCCUUGAUAAUAAAUACUCAGCAAAUUCUGGGAAAUGAAAAAGACAGCUGCAUUUCCCACAGAUCCGAAGUAAAAAAACAAAAACAAAACUCAGUGCUGAGUGAGGUGGGGACACCAAAAACACCCGACAAUUCAAGUAAAGUGGAUGGAACGAAGGGUUGGAUUGUCAAUUCAUACAAGUGUACAAAGAAUCGUGUAUAAAAGCACAGUCUCACAGGAGGCUGUCAACCAAUGUCUUUUGUUAGGUUUAGACAGACACUGUAUAAAUGGGGACACUGUGGUGAAUGAUGUUUGUUACUAACCAGUAGCCUGCCCAAUGCUUUGAUGCUCUGUGUGUAGGUCUGCAUGAGAGUUACCGUUUCACUAAAAUCUUCUCAGACUUACAGUAGGAAACGAUGGAGUGCAUACUGUAGUUAAUGCUCAGUUGUUCAUGGCUGUAGUUCAAAAUAACCAUUUGUAUGACGAGACAAUUAGUAUUUUAUGAGGACACGUGCUAGGAUACUGUACAUGAGGACAUUCUGUGGAAUAUACAGCUUCGAAGUCGAAGUGUUUCUGUAAAUCCUUGCUUGUUGAUGAACUGCCUAAUGUCAGAGGAAAGGGUGAGGCUUUCUGAAAAACUUUGCUUUUGUUGAGCCAAAUCUAUUGAGCCUUGAGGGACCAAAUCAUAUGGAUCAUCCAUUAGGGUUAUUUUUCAAUCUGUAAAUAAAUGAAUGAAGCAAAACAGAAA